GGAGUUUGCCCGUUGGAAAGUGAACAACUUGGCUCUAGAGAGGAAGGACUUUUUCGGUUUGCCUCUGCCUCUUGCCCCAGAGUUUGUCCGGAAUAUUCGCCUCCUUGGAAGGAGACCCAACCUGCAACAGGUUACUGAGAACCUGAUCAAAAAGUAUGGCACUCAUUUCCUACUUUCUGCCACCCUUGGAGGAGAAGAGUCCUUGACCAUUUUUGUGGACAAGCGGAAACUGAGCAGAAAGUCGGAGACAACAGGCGGUGUCCCUGUAGUCGGGGGCAGUGGGAACAGCUCUGCUGUGUCCCUGGAGACCCUGCACCAGUUGGCAGCCUCCUACUUCAUCGAUAGAGAGAGCACACUACGGCGGCUGCACCACAUCCAGAUAGCCACAGGGGCCAUAAAGGUCACAGAGACCAGGACUGGUCCUCUGGGCUGCAGCAACUAUGACAAUCUGGACUCAGUCAGUUCUGUCCUGGUGCAGAGUCCAGAGAACAAGGUGCAGUUACUGGGCCUGCAGGUGCUGCUGCCUGAGUACCUGCGUGAGCGUUUUGUGGCUGCAGCACUCAGUUACAUCACAUGUAGCUCUGAGGGUGAGCUGGUUUGCAAGGAGAAUGACUGCUGGUGCAAGUGCAGCUCCACUUUCCCAGAAUGCAAUUGUCCUGAUGCUGACAUCCAGGCUAUGGAAGACAGCUUGCUUCAGAUCCAGGAUUCCUGGGCCACUCACAACCGGCAGUUUGAGGAGUCAGAAGAAUUCCAGGCCCUGCUGAAAAGGCUGCCUGACGACCGGUUCCUGAACUCCACAGCCGUCUCCCAGUUCUGGGCCACGGACACUAGUCUUCAGCACCGCUACCAGCAGCUGGGAGCCAGCUUGAAAGUACUAUUCAAGAAGACUCACCGGAUUGUCCGCCGGCUCUUCAACCUCUGCAAACGCUGCCAUCGGCAGCCUCACUUCCGUCUGCCCAAGGAAAGAUCCUUGUCCUAUUGGUGGAACCGAAUUCAGUCCCUCCUCUACUGUGGAGAGAGCACCUUCCCUGGCACUUUCCUGGAACAGAGCCACAGCUGCACCUGCCCAUAUGACCAAUCCUCCUGCCAGGGCCCCAUUCCAUGUGCCUUGGGUGAAGGGCCUGCCUGUGCCCACUGCGCUUCAGACAAUAGCACACGCUGUGGGAGCUGCAACCCCGGCUAUGUGCUGGCCCAGGGGCUAUGCCGGCCAGAGGUGGCUGAGUCUCUGGAGAACUUUCUUGGGCUGGAAACAGACCUGCAGGACCUGGAGUUGAAGUACCUGCUGCAGAAGCGAGAUAGUCGCAUUGAGGUGCACUCCAUCUUUAUCAGCAAUGACAUGCGUCUGGGGAGUUGGUUUGACCCUUCCUGGAGGAAGCGCAUGCUGCUCACCCUGAAAAGCAACAAGUAUAAGCCUGGGCUAGUGCACGUGAUGCUGGCCUUAUCCUUGCAGAUCUGCCUCACUAAAAACAGCACCCUGGAGCCUGUCAUGGCCAUCUAUGUGAACCCCUUUGGGGGCAGCCACUCUGAGAGCUGGUUCAUGCCUGUGAACGAGGGGAACUUCCCGGACUGGGAAAGGACUAACGUGGAUGCAGCUGCCCAGUGCCAAAACUGGACUCUAACCUUGGGGAACAGGUGGAAGACAUUCUUUGAGACUGUCCAUGUUUACCUACGGAGCCGAAUCAAGUCCCUGGAUGAUAGCUCCAAUGAGACAAUCUACUACGAGCCACUGGAGAUGACUGACCCCUCCAAGAAUUUGGGCUAUAUGAAAAUCAAUACCUUACAAGUCUUUGGCUAUAGCCUGCCCUUUGACCCUGAUGCAAUCCGGGACUUAAUUCUCCAGUUGGACUAUCCAUAUACUCAAGGUUCCCAGGACUCUGCUCUCUUGCAGCUCAUUGAGCUUAGGGACCGGGUAAACCAGCUCUCUCCACCUGGUAAAGUCCGCCUUGAUCUUUUCUCCUGUUUGCUUCGGCAUCGACUCAAGCUGGCCAAUAAUGAGGUGGGCAGGAUCCAAUCCUCCCUGAGGGCCUUCAAUUCCAAGCUGCCAAAUCCUGUGGAAUAUGAGACAGGCAAACUCUGUAGCUAACAGGGGACCUGCUCCAGUACUAGGCAGGGAGGGGAUCUACAUAUCCAGGGUGCAAAGAUUAUCUAAGCCCUUACCUUAGUGCCAAAAGGGUCCUCCCAUGAGACUUUCAGCACCCAGGAGAUGGGACCUGAAUGCCCUUGGACUGAAGCAGGCAAGAGAGAAAGAAACAGCCACUGUGCACGUGCACAUAUGCAUACACUUACACAUACACUUGCACUCACAGGGAGGUGACAAUUUGGCAGCCUUGGAUCUGUAAAGUUGGUGCUUUCUAAAUUGAAUGCAGCUGAAGAAAGGAAGCCAGGAAAAGCUAAAGGCAAAGAACCAGCCAAAUCAUGAAACAAACAAAAAUCGUUCAAAGUGAUUCUUGUCAUCCAAGAAAGAAAGAGGGGACAAUGGGAGGGUGGGAGUUCUUCCCUCUUUGUGGAGUCACUUUUGUAUUCUUUUUAAUUAGAUUUCUUAAAAUGUUGUUUUGUGACUCCUGACCUUGGUUCUUACGUUUUGUAUGCUGCCUCCUCUGUGAUCUGGAGGCCUUUCUGUAACUGCUCCCAGAGCUGCUCCCUUAGGAAGUGCAAGACAUGGAACAGAGGAACCAACGCUAAGGGCAAACAGCAGCCUCCUUGCUCUGCUUGAACUUCUCCCUCCCACCAGUCCCUGCUUCCUCAGCCUCCCCAGUUUGAGGGUCUUGGCUUAUUCCAAGUACCUCUCAUGGUCCAUCCAGAGCUCCUCUUCCCACAAAACCUGUUCUAAGAAAGCAGCACCAUCCAGCUAGAGAGAGACAAUGUAUAGGGAAAUGUUUCUUUUUUUAAAAAAAAAAAACUAAAAUAUUUAUUUUGUGAUUGUUUUCCUUGUCAAUCUGCUCCAGCCAUAUGAACAUCUGAGUAAAACAUUUACCUGAUUUAAUAUA